UCCUUGACUUUCUAGAGACAACCUUUUUGUUUUACUAAAUUCACUCUAUUGUUGUCUGAAUGGAUCCAAGCUUUCAAAAUCUCCCAUACCUUUCAAGCCUUUUCCCCGAAAAUCCCUACCUGAAGCCACUACAAAGUUCCAUACUCAUUCCACCAUCACCACAACCCAUCAUGUUCCAUCCAGGCAACAAUUCAGAACAUUUUCAAAACCAAAUAAUGAGUGUGGCCACCCAAAACCCUGCCUUUGUGAUGGGGGGUCCUUCUUCCACCCCUUUGUAUGGGAUACCAACCCCAUCUUUGGGUGAUGGAUCUUCUUCAGGAGGAGGUUUUGUUGACGAUUACCAUCAUCAUCCUAUGAUGUUAGAACAAAACAAUAACAAUAAAAUGGAUGUUUUGCCUGGACACCACCACAAAGGAAAAGACAUAAGUGAUUUUUCACAGAAAAGCAUGAUUCAUCCCUUUCAAGCUUCUUCUUCCAUGACACCAUCACCUCUUUUUCUCUCUAAUGAGAAUGGGUUGCCAAUGAGUGAAUAUCAAUGGGACAUUGAUCAGAGGAUGGACAAAUUUCAAAAUGAUAAUGCUAAUGAUAACAUAAUUAAAGGGCAGUGGACUGAAGAAGAGGAUAGUGCUCUUGUGAAAUUGGUUGAAAAGUUUGGACCGAAGAAAUGGUCGGAAAUUGCGAAGUUACUACAAGGCAGGAUUGGAAAGCAGUGUCGAGAAAGAUGGUUUAACCAUCUCCAACCAAACAUUAAGAAGGGUCCAUGGACCCUAGAGGAAGACAUAAUUCUAAUUGAAGCUCAUCAUGAAAUUGGAAAGAAAUGGUCAGAAAUUGCAAAGAGAUUGCCUGGAAGGCCUGAGAACUCCAUCAAGAACCACUGGAACAGCACCAUGCGACGCCAGAAUUGCAAGAGGCAAAAGAAUAACAAUGACUCAAAUUAUGAAGGAUCAUUGCUCCAUGCCUAUGUCAAAAGGGUCACUUCUAUUGAACAAGCUACCAAAGUGCUCGAGAACAAUAAUGAGGAGCAUAACAAGUCACAUGAUGUCUUCAAUGGAAGCACCAGCAACUAUGUGUCCAUGCAAGUCAACAAUAAUAAUAAUGUUGAUGGUGGAAACAUUAACUGUGCGCAAUAUUGGCACAUGCUGCGAUGAUCAACAUGGCAAUGAAUCUGAAUGGUGCAGGAUACUAAUUAAGGUGGCAUGCAUGCAUGCAUGGUUGGUUUAAAAUGCUUAAGGUUUAAUUUGAUUAGAUGUAGUGCUUUGUUCCUUCUAUUUUGUAGCAGUAGUUUUCUUUUGGUUGGAUGUUAUAGUUAUUCCCUGAUCCCAUCUUUCUCUCUAUGUUUUUGUUUUGUUAUCAAAUUUCAGAACUUCAA